AUGCUGUCCGCCCCAUCGACCAAGACGGCGCUCCGCUCGCCCGCCACCAAGAGCACCCUCCGCGCCCUCUCCACCACCCACGAUGGCGCCCAGCAGAGGCGUUCGAUGGCCACAGUGCAGGACGCCCCGGCUUCGCACUCGAAAGAACUGCAGGAUCAGGACCGCAUCUUCACCAACCUCUACGGCCACCACGGCGCCGACCUGAAGAGCGCGAUGAAGUACGGAGAUUGGUACAAGACCAAGGAGAUGCUGCAAAAGUCCCACGACUGGCUCAUCGGCGAGAUUAAGGCGUCUGGUCUGCGAGGAAGAGGAGGUGCUGGGUUCCCUUCUGGCAUGAAGUGGAGCUUCAUGAACUUCAAGGGCUGGGAGAACGACACGAAGCCCAGAUACCUGGUAGUGAACGCAGACGAGGGCGAGCCAGGAACAUGCAAGGACCGCGAGAUCAUGAGGAAGGACCCACACAAGCUGGUGGAGGGGUGUCUGGUGGCAGGUCGCAUGAUGAACUGCACAGCAGCCUACAUCUACAUUCGUGGCGAGUUCUACCACGAGGCCACCGUGCUGCAGCGUGCCAUUCAGGAAGCCUACCAAGCCGGCUUUCUCGGCAAAGACGCCUGCGGCUCUGGCUACGACUUCGAUGUUUUCCUGCACCGUGGAAUGGGCGCAUACGUCUGUGGUGAGGAGACCUCACUGAUCGAGUCACUAGAGGGCAAGCCCGGCAAGCCGCGUCUCAAGCCUCCAUUCCCCGCCGCAGUCGGCCUCUUCGGCUGCCCCAGCACUGUCGCCAACGUCGAGACUGUCGCAGUCGCACCAACCAUCAUCCGCCGCGGACCUAACUGGUUCAACUCGUACGGCCGCGAGCGCAACUCAGGCACCAAACUCUUCUGCAUUUCUGGCCACGUCAACAACCCCGUCACAGUGGAGGAGAGAAUGUCCAUUCCCCUUCGUGAGCUGAUCGACAAGCACGCUGGUGGCGUCAAGGGCGGCUGGGACAACCUGAAGGCUGUGAUUCCCGGCGGCUCCUCCACGCCCAUCCUGCCCAAGAAGAUCUGCGACGACCAGCUUAUGGACUUCGACGCUCUCAAGGACAACCAGUCCGGUCUCGGCACGGCGGCGGUAGUCGUGAUGGAUCAAUCCACCGACAUUGUCCGCGCCAUCUCCCGCCUCAGCAAGUUCUACCACCACGAGUCGUGCGGACAGUGCACACCCUGCCGGGAGGGCAGCAAGUGGACGGAGCAGAUCAUGCACCGUUUCGAGAAGGGCCAUGCACGGGAGCGGGAGAUUGACAUGAUGCAGGAGCUCACGAAGCAGGUGGAGGGACACACGAUUUGUGCUCUGGGUGAAGCUUUCGCAUGGCCGAUUCAGGGUCUGAUCAGGCAUUUCAGGCCAGAGUUGGAGGAGCGGAUACGGGGACAUACGAGUCGUGCGGGCGGUGAGGCACUGGCAGGUGGUUGGGAGCAUGGGGCCGAGAAGAGGGGGAUGCUGAUUUCGCCCGGGCAGUAG